CUUUUAUUAAGUAUGUGUAUAUCUGCAGCUACUAUUGAUUAUAGCACUCAAGCUAACAUUGGCCAAGUCAAGACCACCCACGUUCAUUUGGAUUGGCAUGUUGAUUUCAAUCGUAAAGUCAUCUUUGGUCAUGCCACAUUAGACCUUUAUACUCUAGUCGAUCAUGUCGACAAGGUUAUUUUAGAUACAAGUUAUUUGGAUAUCAAGUCUGUAGUCGUAAAUAGUGAGAAUGCAAAGUUUAAUGUCGCUGAAAGAUACGCCAGUUUGGGUUCCGCGUUGACUAUUUAUUUGCCCCAGACUAUUGAGAAAUCGGGUACAAAGAUCUGUAUCCAAGUCGAUUACUCUACAACCGAGAAAUGUACAGCAAUUCAAUUCUUGGAACCUGAACAAACUCUUGGCAAGACACAUCCCUACUUGUUUUCUCAGAGUGAACCUAUUCAUGGUCGCGCCAUGAUUCCUUGUCAAGAUUCGCCCUCCGUCAAGGUCACUUAUUCAGCAAAAGUGACAUCCCCACUUCCUGUCGUAAUGUCUGCCCUUCAAGAAGGUACUGAAGAAAUUUCUAAUGAUUUGAAAGCAUAUCUCUUUAAACAACCUACCUCAAUUCCUUCUUAUUUGAUUGCUAUCGCUGUCGGCAACCUUGUUGGUCGCGAAAUUGGUCCUCGCAGUACAGUCUGGUGUGAACCGGAAAUGGUCGAGCAAGCUGCUUGGGAGUUUUCUGACACUGAAACCUUUAUUGCCACAGGUGAAUCCUUGUUGACUCCCUACGAAUGGGGCCGCUAUGAUUUACUCGUCUUGCCUCCCUCUUUCCCUUAUGGCGGUAUGGAGAAUCCCUGCCUUACUUUUGUCACACCUACCUUGUUGGCCGGUGAUAAAAGUGCUGUUGCUGUGAUUGCUCAUGAGAUUGCACAUAGUUGGAUGGGCAAUUUGGUUACAACUAAUUCAUGGAAACACUAUUGGUUGAACGAAGGAUGGACUGUUUUCAUUGAACGUAAAAUCUUGGGUCGCCUUCAUGGAGAAGCUACUAGACAGUUUGAGGCAUUGAGUGGUCUUAAAUCAUUACAGGAAAGUGUAGACUUGUUUGGUAGCGAUUCUCCUAAAACUGUCUUGAACCCUGAUCUUCGCGGUGGUGCUGAUCCUGAUGAUUUCUUCUCCAAGGUUCCUUAUGAAAAAGGGUUUAACUUUUUGUAUCAUAUUGAAAAGGUUGUUGGUGGUCCUUCUGUCUUUGAACCUUACAUGAAAGCUUAUGUCGAGAACUUUGCAUCUACUUCCAUCUCCACUGAAGAUUGGAAAGACUUCUUGUACCGCUACAUGGAAAAGGUUCACGGUCCCUCGAUGGUCGAGAAACUGAACACGAUUGAUUUUGAUGCCUGGAUCAAUAAGCCUGGUAUGCCACCUGUCGACAAUCAAUUUGACACGGCACUCGCUGAUGCCUGUCUUAACCUUGCUGACCGCUGGAACAAAGCUCGUGAUCUUGAAAAUCUGGACCAAUUCUCUCCCAAGGAUGUGGAACAUUUUUCUGCUGGUCAAAAGAUCGUAUUCUUGGAACGCUUAACUGACUGUGAACCACUGCCCUGUGCUUUGAUCAGCAAAAUGGACGAACUCUACCAGUUCACCCCUAAUCAUAACGCUGAUUUACGUCUUCGCUGGCAGCAGGUCUGUCUAAUGGCAAAUUAUGAACCCAUUUACCCUGAGGUCGUUCAGUUCAUUACAGAGCAAGGUCGAAUGAAGUUUGUUCGUCCUCUGUACAGACUCUUACAUCAAGCCAAAAAUGGAGCACAGUUGGCGAUUGACACUUAUUUGAAACACAAGACAUUCUACCAUCCCAUUGCUGCUCAAUUAAUCGAAAAAGAUAUUGGUUUAGUGAAGGCCUAACCUAUCCACAUGUAUACAUACACACAAACACGCACAAAAACUAAAAUGAAUAAAAAAAAAGCUGCAGAGAUCAUGUAUAUCUUCCACUAAAUUUUUGUGUAAUAAAAAGGUGAAGUAACAGAAAGCAAGGUUUAUUUGUUGUUUCUUUGAUUCGUUUAAUCGAAGAGACCGAAACCCAUAUCAUCAUCGGAUUCUUCCUUUUCUUCUUCCUUUUCU